AUGAGCCGCUUCUACGUUGCGGCGAAGGGGCACUCCGAUUUUGUCGCAGGGUCCCAGGUGCUCCUGGCGCCCAGCUUGGCAGAGGCGAUCGCCUCCAUCAAGCAUCACGAUGCAAGGAAGCUCGGCUUCAAGCUGUCGAACUCCCAAGAUCCACCGAAGAGUCACGGGGUUCGAAAGCAGAAUGUGAUGAAGGAGCAAACCUUUGGCAUCUUGGAAGUCGAGAUCCUCUCGCCACAAACGCUUUACGAGAACGGAUUUUUGCACUGGGACAAGUCCUCCGGCAGGUUCAAGUGGUCCAUCAACUUCAAUCUGAGUGGCGAUGGCGUGAAGCUGUGGACCUAUACUGCAUCCUUGGUGACCAAACUCUCUGAGCCCACUGGCAAAUCCACCAGUGGACUCUGGACUAUGUUCCAGUUCGAGGAUGCUGCUAUGACCGCCGCCUUCACCACCCUCGUGAUGGACAAUGCCUUGGUGAAGUCUAAGGAUCCCAGAGCCCAAGUGUCGGCGUACGUGUCCGAUGCGGGGUUGCUGGCCGUGAUCGGCUUCUUCUUGAGAUCUGGAGGGACACAGACGUUUCCUCUGCUGCAGUAUGGCUGCAAAGAUUUCCCAUCCUUCCUGGCAUUCUGGACGGGAGAAAAAAACCCCUCCGAGAACAUGCCGUGGGACGUGACAUGCAGCUGCCAGUGCACGUUGGACAUAGUCAUCCGCAAUCGAGAGAGCAUGGAGAUCAAACAGCUUUCGGACGAGAGAGACUACGUGCUCGGCUGCUGGCAACGGGCCUCCAUGGAUGUUUUGGAUGCAGAAAUGGCCAAGGAAGAUCACGAAAGGGAGGAGCAGUUCCUGAAGGACAAAUUGGAUCGCCUCACGGCCAAGAUCGGCGAUAAGCGCAAGGCGGAUGAAGCAGAUGCAGGGGCGGCCAUGAUCAGCAAUAAACGUAAGGCCGAUGAAGCUGUUCCAGCUGCGGAUGAUGAUGAGGCAGAUGCAGGGCAUCCCAGCGAGAGCUGA